AUGAGCUAUGCGGUUGGAACCUAUCUUGCGCACGAUGGAUUUCAGCUCUACACAUUUUCAGCCGAGCGUGCUCUCCGGGUGAUUUACCUUGAUGGCCAGAGUGCUUCCCUCAUUACGCCCGGCUUUAUGGACUUGCAGUACGCCCUCAUCAACGGUUCCGUGCCCGAGCACUUCCUGGACAAGGGUCAUUAUGUAGAAGCCGAAUACGCGCGUGCUGCCGAGCUUUGUAAGAUCGGCGAGCAAUACGGCUUCAAGGGGGUGGUCAGGAUGAACACCGGCUUUGAACUGUUGUGGUGUGAGUUCAAAAAGGGCAUCCACCUUCUUGAUACGAUUAAUGCCUCGGACCCAUAUUCAGCCAAGACGUUGGCUUCCAAAUGGACGAGCCAAGCAACUACAAACUCAGGCAUGCUAGAGAAGCAAAAGGUGUCCCACCCGCCAUUUUAUUCAAGGGCCUCUUGGCUUUCUAUCCACUCGGCCGCUCAACAUUUCUUUGCGCCGGGAGAGGUACGAGUGAUACUAGAUCCUGAGGGAUUUAUUUGCUGA